GAGUUUGAGGAAAGUGAUAAGGAAGAAGAUUCAGGCAAUGAUGUGGUUGUUGCACUAGAUGAUGGAGAAGUAAAUCAAGAUUCUACAUACUCUAGUGAUUUUGAUGAACAUACUACUCAUGCUCUUGACCAGCAUGGAAAUAGCUUCAAGGUUCAGAGUUCCAGUUUAGUUUUUCAUGCAAGAUGGCUAUAUGAACCUGAUGAAACAGACAGAAUAACUGCUUCCCACUUCAGAAAGAUUUUUCGCUGUUCUUGUGGAAAGCUGCAGAAAUCACUUGGAUUUAGUUAUGUUGAAAUCUCUAUAUGGGGAGAGUCUUUUAUGUUACAUCAGAUCCGCAAAAUGGUGGGGACUGCUGUAGCAAUAAAACGCAAGUUACUCCCGAGGGAUAUUUUGACAUUGUCACUAAUUAAGUUCUCACGGAUUGUCCUACCGCUUGCUCCAUCUGAAGUACUGAUGUUGAGGGGAAACAGUUUUCAAAUAAGAAAGCUACCUGGCACUGUAACAAGGCCCGAAAUACAGACCAUGGUAGAAUCAGAAGAAAUUCUGAGAGCAGUAGAUGAAUUCUACGCAUCAGUUAUGCUGCCUCAGGUUUCAAAAUUUUUGGAUCCUCUGGAAUCUCCUUGGAAGGAAUGGGUUGAGCAAUUGGAUGAGAAUACUGGAAUCCCAGAUGUGGAAUUGGAUGAGGUCCGGAAUGCUUGGAAGUCGUGGAAGGAUAUACGCCAUGAUAGAACCAGUGUUGCAUCUGUCAAAAAUCAAUAAUAAAGUAAUGAAGUGCACCUGAGGAUUAAAAUUCUUGUAUUUUUUAUUCACAAAAACCUCCUCAUCUGGCAAUUGGAAAAGCUCCUCAUUCGAUGGUUGCUUUUUUUCAUCUCUGUUUACUUCUCAACCUUGAAGGGUGCUGACGUCCCCUCGGUAAUUUGACGAAAUAAUAAGAGGGCCACUUUUUACUUGGAUCUUCUGCUCUUUAAUUGGUCAAUAGAGAACAAUGCCAAAACCAGGUUAUUUGAUUAUUUACAGUUAGUGGUGAUUCAGAUGAGAGGUCCAACUAAAUCCUUGAACAUUUGAUACACCACAUUCCAUGCAGAUUGAAGAGCUCUCAUGGGCAAGUGACCGCUGUGCUGCUUCAGCUUCACGAAUUCUGGUUUUGGCUUUGGUGGUUUAAUUAAUUGUUGUCAAAGUCAUGAUUCACUGAGGCAAAAAAUCAUCUGGAAUUCAAUAUGGUUGAAGAGGGCCUAAUCAGAAGUUACUUGCCAGGUAGAAUUCAUAAGAGUCAUAGAGCAGGAUCCAACUAAACUUUUGAAGGAGGGCGGGGGGGAGCAGGGGGGAAUUUUUCUUAUCACAUACAAGCAUUUUGUUUAUCUGAUGGGAACGUCUCUUGAUUUUAUGUUGUGUCAUGCAUCGAGCAUAAACAUUCUUUUGUUGUCUCAGAUUUGUAAUGAAACUUUCAACUGUCACCAAGUGUAUUUGCCUACUUGUUCCCGCAGAACAACGGGACAGCAGAUGCGCGUAACAUCUGUGACAAUUCAACCCAUAAUUAAGCCUACUGUAUUCUCAUGCGCCACAUUUCAGUUGCUA